CGUAAGAAAUGAAAUAUCUAAAAACAAAGGGAUUUAAGUGAUAUAUAAAAGACCACGAUCUUCAGUUUACUCCUCAUUGUUCCCAGCAAACUCAAACGGAAGUCAAACCACCAUGCCAUAAGUACUGGGUUAAAUUUUUAAAAUAGAAUAAUUAAAGCAGUUACGGCAAGUACGUGUGUACUCAUAAAUAUUUCCUGAUUGAGUGGGUGUAGCGUCUAGCGUAUGCUCGAAAUCGGACCGUCAUAUUGGAACAUGGCAUCAUGUUCAUUUCGGGUCAACAAAACCGUGGCUAUAACUUUCCUGAUACUUAUCCUGGUUGCAGUUGCAGAAGCGUGGAUAUUUUGGGUUCCCAUUUUAAAGCAUAAAACAGUAUAUCGCCGGAUCCUUUACAAGCACAAAAUCAACCAUGGUCAUCAACACAAACCCAAAUGCGGAUGGUGCGGGGGAGCUGAGAACAGUCGCGGAUGGGGCUGGAAAGGGGGUAGUGGGUGGGGUUGGAAAGGAGGAUUUGACAAUAGACAGGGAGGAGGCAGAUUUGGAUUUGGAUAGCCUUUUCAAGACCUACUUAGAGCGUGGAAGAUACAUGUCAGUUAAUUAAUUAGUAAUUAUUUUAUUCUGGCUACGAUAACGUAUUCAUUAUUACAGUAAAGAAUUUACAAGAACCAAAAUGCGAUCUGAUUCAGAUUUGACUAAAUUUAUUUGUUAAUAUAAACUACAUAAGUGCAAUA